AUGGCCAAACGAAAUGAUUCCACCAAUCCGAGAAUCUACGGAUCAGCCUUAAGGAAGAAGGAGUCGACACAGGACCUACAAUUUGGUGAAAAUAGUGAUGGACAUCAAGUGUCAAGUGAUCAACUAUCAGAAACCCAUAGCAUUGGAGCAAGUCAAGUGGCUGGAAAUUACGAGACGGAGAAACUGGAGGAAAUGUACAUCAGUCAUGUACUGAAAUUCUAUCCCUGGUACCAUGGAAUGAUGUUCGGACAAACAGUUGAAAAACUUUUGAAGUGGGAUUAUGCUUAUCUCGUUCGUCGUGCCAUGCAACGCAACUCGAAAAAGGUUUUGUGUCUUUCUGUCAAGAUUGAUGGAAAGAUCUGUCAUUUCACUUUAAAUUCGAAUAAGGAUGGAUGGAGUUGUGGAAAGCUACUGGCAAAGUUUCCAAAAAUCACUCCAAAGCGCUUCCAACACAUUCAUCAUCUUCUCGAUGCCUGGUCUCUUGUUGUCAACUCCAUUGUUCCAGUUCCACGUCGACAAUUAGUUCUUCAACACAAUUGUAUUCACCUCGAAAACAUAUUGGGUAAUGGAGCAUUCGGCGAGGUUCUGAAGGCGAGAUAUAUUCCACGUGGUCACACAAAUGGUGUUGAAGUAGCAGUGAAACGUGUAAUCGGGACGGCUCAAAGAGAACAGAUGCAAGAAUUUUGUCACGAGGCUCAGAUAAUGGGAACUUUGAAGCAUGACAAUGUCGUGAAGCUCUAUGGAAUUGCAUCGUUGGAGCAACCGAUUAUGCUGGUUAUGGAGCUGAUUACCGGAGGAGAUUUGAAGAAAUAUCUCCAGUCGACUCCUUCAAUCCCAAAUCGUCAGUUGAUCGCCUUCGCCCUUGACAUUGCCAACGGAAUGCGCCACUUGGUUAUCAAAAAAGUGAUCCAUAGAGACUUGGCGGCACGUAACUGCUUGAUCAGCAGACCAACACUUCAAGUCAAAAUUUCCGACUUUGGACUCGCUGUGCAAGCAACUGAAGUAAUCGUGAAAAAAUUGAGCAAGGCUCCAACUCGAUGGCUUGCACCGGAAACGUUUCAAAAAGGAAUUUUCAAUGAGAAGACGGAUGUGUGGUCGUUUGGAGUCGUCCUCACAGAGAUUCUGACCAGAUGUGCUGCCGAUCCACUUGCUCCGAGAACUCUUGAAGAAUGCAAGAAAUACAUCAUAGAGUCUCCACAUCCUCAUCGAAUUGAAAACAAAGAACCCAAGGAGCUUGCCGAGUUGGUGGAGAUGUGCUGUGAUAAGAAUACCAUGUGUCGUGCAAACUUUCAAAAUGCCAAGCGUCGUCUCAAAAUUGUGAUUGACCAGUACGACCAUCCAGACGGCCACAAAUUGGAAUUGAAAAAAUCCGAGGAGCAGAAAAGGCUGACCAUUCGCAGAUCCACAGCCACUGUGACCCGAAAAAAAUCUCGAGAUGGAGGACGUCAAGCAUCUGUCGAACGGAAGGGGCACGGUACUCAACGAAAAGUGGUCUCAGUUCUUCGAAAAGAUAAAGGGGCUCUGAAGCUUCCGUCUGGAAUCGCCACGAACCUUGAGAGACCGUCUCCGCCAUCGCACACUGCAAAAUCGCAUACUGUUAAAUCGCCGAUGACUCCACCCGUGUCCCAGCCUCCUGUGUCCCAGCCUCCUGUGUCCCAGCCUCCUGUGUCCCAGCCUCCUGUGUCCCAGCCUCCUGUGUCCCAGCCUCCUGUGCCUCAGCAUCCAAUGACUCCGCCACCAGCAUCUUCUGCAAGGCCACAUCCGAAGUGAACUGUGUUUACAUGAAUGUGAAAUAAAUAAAUUGGCUGUAAAACGAAA